UUCUUCUGCUGGUGGAAAGCCCUAAUUACUGCGAUUGCUGAUGGACCUUGGAAAGAAGGCUGCACUGGUGCCCCGCUCCGCAGUCGGACACGCUCGGUUUGCGCCGGACAGGGCGGCCGCUCGCCCGCCGCCCCCCGCCAGCUCCGCGGGCCCCCGCGCUCCCCCGGCCGCGGCUCAGGACGAUACCGCUCGGCUCCUGCGAGCCAGGAUUUUACUUUCGUCUCGCCGUUUCUCCUCCUGCUGCGCUUGGAUUACUUGGCUGCUCCCGCUCGGCGAUCCCGCGCGAUGGAGAAAUCCAGUGCAGCAUUAAUCCACGGAGGUGCUGUGGGGACAGUUGGCAGUACAAUGGCUUCUCAGUACCUCGUAGUGGCUCUGGCCGUUUUCUCCUCUUUUACCCAGGUUGUAAUAGAAGCCAGCUCUUGGUGGUCUUUAGGGAUGAACCCCAUGAACCCCAUGAACCCUGUUCAGAUGUCAGAGGUGUACAUUAUAGGAGCCCAGCCACUAUGCAGCCAGCUAGCAGGGCUUUCCCAAGGACAGAAGAAACUCUGCCAAUUGUAUCAGGACCAUAUGCAGUUCAUUGGAGAGGGUGCAAAGACGGGCAUUAAGGAGUGCCAGUAUCAAUUCAGACAUAGAAGAUGGAAUUGCAGCACUGUGGACAACAACUCUGUUUUUGGCAGAGUCAUGCAGAUAGGCAGCCGGGAGACGGCCUUCACCUACGCGGUGAGCGCGGCCGGCGUGGUCAACGCCAUGAGCCGCGCGUGCCGCGAGGGCGAGCUGUCCUCGUGCGGCUGCAGCCGCGCCGCGCGCCCCAAGGACCUGCCCCGGGACUGGCUGUGGGGCGGCUGCGGGGACAACAUCGAGUACGGAUAUCGCUUCGCCAAGGAGUUCGUGGACGCCCGGGAGCGCGAGCGAGUUUACCAGCGAGGCUCCUACGAGAGCGCGCGCAUCAUGAUGAACCUGCACAACAACGAGGCCGGCAGAAGAACGGUGUACAACCUGGCUGACGUGGCCUGUAAGUGCCACGGCGUCUCUGGCUCCUGCAGCCUGAAGACCUGCUGGCUGCAGCUGGCCGAUUUCCGCAAGGUGGGCGAUGCCCUGAAGGAGAAGUACGACAGCGCCGCCGCCAUGAAGCUCAACAGCCGCGGGAAGCUGGUGCAGGUGAACAGCCGCUUCAACGCCCCCACCAUCCACGACCUGGUGUACAUCGACCCCAGCCCCGACUACUGCGUGCGCAACGAGAGCACGGGCUCGCUGGGCACGCAGGGCCGCCUGUGCAAUAAGACCUCGGAGGGCAUGGACGGCUGUGAACUCAUGUGCUGCGGCCGGGGCUACGACCAGUUCAAGACGGUGCAGCGAGAGCGCUGCCACUGCAAGUUCCACUGGUGCUGCUACGUGAAAUGCAAGUUGUGCACAGAGAUCGUGGACCAGUUUGUGUGCAAAUAGGGCACGGACGAGGUGGGAGGAACUGCAGCCGCCUGCCAGCAAGGGGUGCAGGCCCCUCUCCCCUUCCGCAGGACUAUCUCCACUUUAUUUAUAGAGUCCAACGAGUUUUCGUCUUCUUUUAAGAAAAAAAAAA